AUGGAAGAGGAGGUGACCUUUGCCGGUCCGGGGUUGAGCAGCUUCAUCGAAAGCCAACGGGAGGCCCUGAGCCGCCAACGUCAGAUGCAGGCACCGGAGCUGCAAGCCUGGCCUAACGCACACGGCAGCCUCGAAAAGAGCCCCGAUACCGGCGCAAACGGCCACUAUACAGCCAAGCCUGUUUUGCCUCUGGCAAGUGCUGCUGGAUCGCCAGAGCUCUGGCAUGCAGUUCACAUUGGCAAUGAAGCCACCGUGAAUCGACUGAUUCAGCAGGGCCAGUGCAAUGGCAAGCAGAAAGAUGCCUCUGGACACUCCGUCCUCUGGCAUGCCAUCGCUUUCGGCCACAUAGGAAUCGCUCAGCUGAUGCUGGACACGUACCCCGCUGGAGGGCAGGGUGGCAUUGACGCUUUGGAGGUCCAUCCUCGCAAAGGAGACACCCUGCUGCACCUUCUUUGUCAAUGCAGGCCGUUCACCAAGGAGACUGCUGGGCUCUUCAAGCGCGUGGCUGAAGCAGUCCCUGCAAGUCUUUUCACCAAGGCAAACGCGAAUGGGCAAAGCUUCCUGGCGUUGGCCACAGCGUCGCCGAACUUUUGGGUGCUGAAGCACGUCGCGCUGAGAUAUCCAGAGCAGAUGAAGGCCUUGCUCUCUUCGAAGGAGGCUGACCAGGGCAAACCUCCUUUGCAGCAGCUGCUACAGAGCUUGCCACCUCCGCAUCAGCCAGGCUUUGCACGGCCCGCAAAGAUUCCUGAGCACUUUGCAGUGGCUUCGAUGUUGAGUCCGGACUCCACAGGCCGCGUGCCGUUUGCGGAUUUGGCCUUUGAUGUUACAACGGGUCCCGACUCACACAGCAGGUUCCUGGCCCAUCGCGUUGUCGUUGGCGCGCAGAGUCCUGUUCUUCUGAAGGAAUUGGAAACCCUGCCACUGGUGGAGUUGCCUCAGGAAGGCAUCACGGCUGCCCUGUUCAAGGUCGACCGCCGUAUCUCCAAGGAGGUGUGGAGAAGCGUUCUCCAAUUCUUCUACACGGGCGUGGUGAACUGCCCCUUUGCCAAAGAUCCUGUCAAGCUGGUGGAGCUGUUUCGCGCGGCUGCGAUCUACAAGUUACCCAGGGCGCUCUUGGACUUGGCACAAACUGCAUGGGCUGAAGCCUAUCCCACCGAAGCCAUUCAGUCAUCCAUCCCAGAUACCUCCCUGAAGCCGAGGAAGUCUUUUCCAUCAGUGCUGGCGCAAGUGGCGAAGGCUGAUGAAACCUCCGCGGGAAUUGUAAUGCCUUUGGUUGUGGCGGACAAGCUAUGGUACGACCCAGAAAACCACCGGGACGCGUCCAAGCUUGCACUCAUCAAAAAGGAGAGCAAGGCGGAAGAAGAGAUGAGCAAAACCAUCCGCGAGAUUGAGCUCAAGAUACAAGCCACUGGCGAGGUCUGGGACAUCAAGUUGGUACUGGCUGAGCGCCUCGGCAUUGAUCCAGGUCAGCUCACGUUCGUGGCCAAACAAGGCCCCUUCUGGAGGGAAAACAAAGACUGCGAGGAGAUCUAUAGUAAGGUCCUGGUGAAGGGCGUGAAGUCCUUUGAGCGUGAAAGGGCAAAGCACGACCAUCCCUUUGUUAUCAUUGGCGCUGGUCAUAUUGGCCUGCGCCAGGCCAUGGUGUUCUUGAAGUAUGGCGAGAACAAUUUCGUGGUCUUCGACCGUAAGCCAAAGGUUGGUGGCAUGGCAUGGUGGGAUCAGGCUAAUGUCACGUCAAAGCUUCAGACGGAAGUGGGUGUUUAUCACUUGGGCUUUGAUGAGACUCUUCCAUGCCCGAAGAACGACUACCCAUGGCCAUCCCGAGAUGAACUGCUGGCAAUGUUCCAGACAGGAGCGGAAGAGUAUGGGAUCCUCCCGUACUGCCGCCUGGCCACUGAAGUCCAGGAGAUCAAGGCUGAAGGGCAGAAGCUGGACACAACCUACGAAGUCACCAUCCAACACGUUGAAAAGAAGGACAAGGCGGAAAAAAUGGCAUGUGCCGGGAUCUUGAUGUAUCCCGGAAACCUAUCGCUUCCGCGUAGAGAAGAGUACAAGGGGGAGGACGAGUUUGGUGGGACCAUCGCUUACGGAAUGUUUGACGAGUUCGGCUACGCAGAGGCCACUGGAAAGGACAUCGCAAUUGUAGGCCAUGGCGCCUUCGCCGUGGAAAAUGUCCGAAGUUGCUGCGAGUAUAGCUGCAAGAAGAUCUACUUGGUUUGCCGACGCAAGAAUAUUGCGUGCCCACGCUACGUCUCCUGGCUUGCGAAUCAGUCGCAAUCGCCGCUGUCCGCAAGCCUCUUCUUGCACUCCAUGAAGCCCAUGUAUGACCUCAUGGGCUGGGACGUGUGGAGCUACUACGGGGUCCAAGUCUUGUUUCUAGAGCGAUUCAAGCCAUCGCUUCUGCAGGCUCGCUUCGGCAUUGGCGAUGUCUACUUUUGCGCACUUUCUUGGGGGAAGCUCGAGGUGAUCGAGGCUUCGGGCUUGAAAUGGCAGCGGCGCAGUGUUUUAGAACAAGUUUUGGUUUGUUCUUUUGUCGAGACACGCCUCAGACUGUGGCGCGUAGAGUGA